AUGAUCCCCGCACGGCAAUUGAGCAGAACCGCCCUGCCGCGGGCCGCCCGCUCGUCCCGGCACCUCCCCCGCCGGCAGCUGCGCUCCCAGUCCACCACCUCGUCUAGCAGCUCCGGCGGCGGCUCCCACUUCGCGACGGGCAUGGCUGGCGGCGUGGCCGGCGCUGGCCUCGCCUACGUCAUCUACUCCUUCACGCCGGCCGGCCAGACGGCCAGCAAGCUCAACAAGGCGGCCGCCGAGGCCAACAAGAAGUACCAGGCGGCGGCGCAGAAGCUGCAGCAGGCGACGCCCGACGCCGACCAGGCCGUCGACUCCAUCAAGCAGUUCGCCUACUCGUACGUGGCGUGGAUCCCCGGCGGGCGGGGCUACGUCGACGCCGCCUUCAAGGACUGGGAGACGGUGCGGGAGAACCACAAGGAGGAGGCGGACAAGGCCGUCAACGACGCCUACAAGCAGUUCCAGGAGCUUUCCAAGGCCGGGCUGAGCCUCGAGACGGCGUCGCGCGCCUACGACGUGCUGGCCGAGCUGACGCGCAAGAUCGCCGACCUGUCCGGCGACGCCCUGUCCGACAUCCUCGACAACCAUCCGCAGGUCAAGAAGAAGCUGGGCGGCACCGUGGACCAGCUCAAGGACAUGAGCGGCAGCUACGGCCCGGAGGCCAAGAAGCAGGUCGACGAGACGUGGCGGCAGCUCAAGGACGUCUUCGCGGGCGGCUUCACGGCCGCCAACAUCGACAAGGCGCGACAGCUAGCCGAGGACAAGGUGAAGCAGCUGCGGCAGCUGGGUGACGAGGCCUGGAAGAAGGGCCUGGAGGAGGCGAAGCCGUACCUGGACAAGAGCCCGCAGGUCAAGGAGCUGGUGGAGAAGAACGCCGACGCGCUGCGGCAGGGCAACGCGCGGGAGCUCUUCGACAAGGCGCGCGCCGCGGCGGAGGCAGCCACCGCUAAAGGCAGCAGCGAUUCGCAGGCCAAAUUUGACGAGCUGAAGAAGUACGUCGAUGACGCCGUCGAAAAGGGCAAGAAGAAGGGCAAGGACGCGGCGCAGGACUGGGGGCUCGAUGGGGGCUGGCUCGAGGUGAUCCCCCAGGGGAGCGAGAUCAUCCCCAAGCUGCGCGAGCUGGGCCAGGUGGCCGACAAGCACAUGGAGGAGGGCGAGAAGCUGCUGCGCGAGACGGUCGACGAGCUGAAGCAGGUGCUGGAGAAGAAGUCGAAGCGCGCCCAGGAGAUUGUGCAGGAGGCGGAGAAGGAGACGAAGAGCGAGGCCAAGAGCGAGGGCAAGGGCGAGGCCAAGAAGGAGUCCAAGUAG